UAAAAUUUAAUUGUAAUUUUUUUUUCCGGAUCGAGAAGAGAGAAAAGUUCUUCUUCUUCCUCCCUCCCUCCUCUUCGUGUUCUGGAUUUGUUUCACACGAAGACCGAAAGGUUUACGUCAAUGGCGGUUUAUGGCGAGAAGAAGCAUUGGUGGCUCCGCAACAAGAAGAUCGUGGAUAAGUAUAUGAAAGAAGCGAAGAAUUUAAUAGCGAGUCAAGAUCCAAACGACGUUAAAUCGGCUCUGGAUCUUCUCGAAUCUGCGCUCUCUGUAUCCCCUCGUUACGAACUCGCUCUCGAACUCAAAGCCAGAUCGCUUCUUUACCUCCGCCGUUUCAAAGACGUCGCCGAUAUGCUUCACGAUUACAUCCCUAGCCUUAAAUUAGCCGCCGAUGAUUCCGGCGAGCUCUCUUUUACUCAUUCUUCUCGUGAAUCUGUCAAUCUUCUCAACGAUUUGCCCGCUCAUGACUCCUCCUUUAAAUGCUUCUCUGUCUCUGAUUUGAAGAAGAAGGUCAUGGCUGGUCUCACUAAAAACUGUCACGAACAAGGGCAAUGGAGAUAUUUGGUUUUAGGUCAAGCUUGUUGCCAUUUAGGUCUAAUGGAGGACGCUAUGGUUCUUCUCCAAACCGGUAAACGCUUAGCCACGGCCGCCUUCCGCCGUCAGAGCAUCUGCUUGUCCGACGACAGCUUCAUUCUCUUCUCCUCCAACGACGGCUGUUCCUCUCCUCCUUCCGUUGUCGUUACCUCCGGAUCUCAGCCACGAUCAGAGAGCAUCGCUCACGUGCUUUCUCACAUCAAGCUACUCUUACGACGCCGCGCCGCCGCACUCGCCGCUCUCGACGCAGGCCUCUACUCCGAGUCGAUCCGCCAUUUCUCCAAAAUCUUAGACAGCCGCCGCGGCGCGCCGCAGGGAUUUCUCGCCCAGUGCUUUAUGCACCGCGCCUCCGCCUACAGAUCCGCCGGACGAAUAGCUGAAUCAAUCGCCGACUGUAACAAAACCUUAGCGUUAGACCCGUCGUGUCUCCAAGCCUUGGAAACGAGAGCCGCAUUGCUAGAAUCCGUUCGUUGUUUCCCCGAUUCGCUUCACGAUCUGGAACAUCUGAAACUCCUAUACAACUCCAUCUUACGUGACCGGAAACUACCCGGUCCGGUUUGGAAACGGCACAAUGUCCGGUACAGAGAAAUACCGGGAAAACUAUGCGUCUUGACCACGAAAAUCCAGCAACUGAAGACGAAAAUCGCAAACGGAGAAAUCGGAAACGUGGAUUACUACGCUCUGAUGGGAAUCAGACGUGAUUGCUCGAGAUCAGAGCUGGAUCGAGCCUACUUGUUACUCAAUUUGAAGCAUAAACCGGAGAGAUCAAUGUCAUUUAUCGACCGGUUUGAGUUAACCGAUGAUGAGGAAGAAUUAGACUCGGUUAAGGACCGAGCCAGAAUGUCAACUCUAUUAUUAUACAGAUUGAUCCAGAAAGGCUACUCAGUCGUGACAAGUAACAUCGCAACGGAACAAGCGGCGGAGAAGCAACGAAAAGCCGCCGUAGCGGCGGAUACUCAUCAUCGGAGUAACAACGUCGAAACGCCGAUUAGAGCGGUUGCGGUGAACAGUAAUAAUAACAACAAUACGAAUGUGGUGAAAGGAGUGUUUUGUAGAGAUUUGACGGUGGUUGGGAGUUUGAUUGCACGGACCGGGUUUAAUCAACCGAUUCCGGUUAAAUACGAAGCGCUAAGUUGCUGAGUCAUAAAUAUGAUUGAACCGGCGAGAAGAUGUUUCUUCUUCUUUGUACAAAAGAAAGAUUCACAUUGGAUGAAAUUAUGGAUAAUAAGAAUAUUGUCUCUGCCCGAGAAUUUUGGAGCUUUCCCUCUUGUUUGUUUUCUUCUUUAUUCCUCACUCUGCCUAAACGACAAAAAACACCCAAAAAUGUGAUCCCUAGCAAACAUAAUUAUGAACAUUUUCUUUACAUCUU